AUGGUGCUGGACCAAAUUGUGAUCGCCAGUCUCGCUGACAAGUAUAAGAUCGAUCAGGAUUUUAAAAGUGGAUCGAGAGAUGGCUACAUUAUCGAUCAGGAUUUUAAAAGUGGAUCGAGAGAUGGCUACAUUAUCGAUACAGAGUCAAAUACUGGGGACGAUCAUGGUUGCGAAGGCAGAAACCGCUGGAAGAAGGCAACGAUCGCAUUCACUCUAUUGAAGGCUAAAAUAGCCGCGACACCGAUCCUGAAACAUUUUGAUCCAGAACGAUCGCCUGUGACUGUGGUUUAUGCCAGUAAGUAUGCCAUAUCAGCAGCGUUACUUCAAGAACACGAUGGAAUCUAUUGGCCUGUCACUUUCUCUAGUCGCACGCUGAAGCCUAACGAGAUUAAUUACGGGAUAGUGGAGAAAGAGGUAUUAGCUCUCCUCCGGAUACUGGAUAUCUGUUACACUAUGCUGGUCUCACGAACGAUCACAGUGCUUACGAGGCAUUCGACGCUGGCUUGGUUAUUGCAAUCUUCUGGCCUUAACGGGAGGUUAGGAAGAUGGGCUGCUCUCCUAUCAAAUUGGACAUUAGAGAUCCGCCGGAGUGAGAAAGGCGAAGACGAGAUAUUGGGUACCCUAGCUGCGAGUAUAACUCCCCGUAAAGAAGUGGACGAGAUGUUGAUCGCAAUCGCCCCGCGUAAGCAGCCUCGGCAAACAAUCAGUAUGCCACCACCCACGGUUGAGGUAGGGGAAGAUCUGUUGGUAGUUAGUUUCGAUGGGUCAGCUCGAGUGAAAAGGAAGGGCGGGGCAUAUAGCGCGAUCGUGUGGAAAUUACCUGAAUGGACGAUCGUGGCUGCCGCUUCUGAAUUUGCUACUAAUUUGACGGUGAAUGAAGCGGAAUAUCGAGGAUUAAUUUUCAGCUUGGAUCUGCUUGCAGAUCAGACCAGGGGACGUGUAAUCAUUUGCGGUGACUCGAAUUUGGUGAUCAGGCAAAUGCGUGGAGAGAUCGAAUGUAAAGCACCGGGUCUACAAUUGCUGCGUCAUUAA